AGAGUUACCAGACGUUGAGAGACCGUCCUAUCUGCUUCUGAUUAUACAAUAUUCAAAUUGUUUCCUAAUUGUUCACCAAAAUGGCUAUGGGAAAAAAAGCAAACGUUCGACUACCCCCUGAGGUAAAUCGAAUAUUGUACGUCAGAAAUCUUCCUUAUAAAAUAACUACUGAUGAAAUGUAUGAUAUAUUUGGAAAGUAUGGCGCAAUUAGACAAAUCAGAGUGGGAACAACAGCUGAAACAAAGGGUACAGCAUAUGUAGUUUAUGAAGACAUUUUCGAUGCGAAAAAUGCAUGCGAUCAUUUAUCUGGAUUUAAUGUUUGCAAUCGUUACCUCGUCGUUUUAUAUUAUCAAUCUAACAAGGCCUUCAAGAGAAUGGAUGCCGAACAAAAAGAAAAAGAACUAAAUGAUUUAAAAGCAAAAUAUGGAUUAAAUACCCCAGAUUUUAGCAGUGGUAAACGUAAAUAA